AUGACUCUCUUCCUCUGGAUUCUGACCAGUCUUGUCCGCUGGGUGAGAUUGAAGAUCUACCAGUACGAAGUGACUUUCGCCAUCUACAUGCUCACCCCGACGGAAAAGUUCAUCUUCAACUUCAUAAUCCUCACUCUCAUCACCAUGAUCGCGACCGGAAUUUACAUCUACCUCCCCGAUCACCUCCGCUCCAUCUACGCCCACAUGUACUACUACGCCGUUGGCGAGCGCCCCUUCAUCUCCUCUCGCCUAACCUCCAUGAGCUCUGUGUUUGGGGAAACGGCCACACAAUCUCUGGGGGUAGUCUACGAGACAGCCAAGAACACAGCCGCGACAACGACGCACAGACUCGCGGAGCUGUGA